AUGAUACAUUUGCAGUUCAUCAUCAGUCUUAUUGUCAUUUAUAAGCCAUGCGCGGGCUUUGAAUAUAUAAGUAAGUUCAGUGAAAUUACUCGGUGAGGGCGUAUGCUUAUUUAUCUUUAGAGCUUAUUUUUAAGUUGUUUUAAUGUCUUUUCUACGGACUACAUAAGUCUUACCAUUUUAUUAUCCCAUUUUAAAGAUAACUACAUUUACCCACUGUAUGUACCAUUAAUGUAGUAAUAACCGCACUGACUGUUCUACAUAAUAUUUACUGCCCUCAUGGGUAAUGUUCUUGUUCAUGACAUCUAAGAAACAGCACCUCUAGAUCUUCACACUCCAGGAAGAAUAUUCAGGACACAUUUAUGGGUUCGCAUUACGGUUCAGACUUCUUGCAUUAGCUGCAUUUACAGAAGACGUCAUGGCUACAGUGCAGCAUCCCAAAAUGCACUACAUUUACAUUGUGAAUAUGUUUGUCAUUCUACAGUAUAUAUGCUGUCUUAUUAAACGUUGAUCGAAAUUCUGAAAUGUAUUUCUGAUUCGGAAGGACUACUGAGAUAGAUUUUUAGUAUCGAUUAUUGGAUAGCUUAUUUCUAAGUCAGUUUAGGCGUGUUAGGAUGCUGGAUUUUAAACGCGCUUCUUUCAGACAGCCUCCUGUACUUACACACGGUAAACAAAGGCUGCUUAUGUAAUAUGCUUUUUUGCAUUAAUUCUUGAUGCAGGCAUAAAUUCAAAUAUAUCUUACAAAAAAGCACACAGAAGUUUUUUUUAUUUUUCAACUCAUUAAAUAAAAAUGCCUAUUAUAUUUAUAAGGAGGUGGCGUCUUUAGAUUUUAAACUUUUUUAAUCGUGCGGUCUAAUCGUGCAGUAUCCCAUCAGUAAGUCAGUCGGUCCUGCUGUACCGUCUUCUUAAUGGCUCAUAUAAAUGUGUGAUGUAAUUUCCACGGAAAGUAUAAAAUUUGUGGUUUAAAAAGCUUGAAUGCAAACGUAACGGCAGGUCGGGAUCGAGCUUAUUCGGAAGGAGAAAGAACUUUCUAGAACAUAAUGCUAUUUUAUCAUUAAGAUGACGUAACUUGCUACAAAGAUAUGGAUGAAAGAAGAUUUCUGUGCGGGGUUUAUAAGAAGUAUAUUUGAAUUCGUAAGGACAUCCAAAAUCAAUGCACAAAAUAGUCCUACUUAUGUAAACACUUCUUCGGACGGCCGAGAAGAAGCUCGUUUCAAAGCCGCCAUCUUCUCCUUGCUGAAAUAUCUGCAAAGCUGCUACAUGUACGGCAACGCUAACACACUUCGCCGUGCAUUCUGGGCAAUGUAAUACUAAUUGGAAGACCUAUAUACAGUGAGUGACCGAUCUCGUGAAAUGUUGGCUGAAAUUCUGAAAUGCGUUUUCGAUUAGAAAGAAUCACUUGGGCGCGGUUGUUACACUUCUGAUCUUUUGGCAUAAUCGUAUAACAUUUCAGACUUGGCAAUAGGUCAGCUUUUGAAUACACUGCUUUUCAAUCUCCUGUAGAAACCGUACUCGGUAAAAAAAUGAUUGCCUAAGUAGCAUGCAUGUUUCUCAUUGAUUUUCAAUGGUCUAAUAAAUCCAAAUAUAUCGUAUAGAAAUCGCAAAUAAAAAUAGGUUUUCUUUUAGGCAUUUAAUAGAAAAUCACGUCUUCUUCAUAUUUUAUACUCAAAGAAGGAGUAUAAGUACGUGUUACAAAAGUUUUCUAAUUGCACGUCUGAGACUUUGCGACGCUGUAUAAGUAUCCAUCGUCGAGGUGCUUCAGAUACCUGUGUAGCCACUUGGCUUGACUGUGAAUGUGCUAUCGAAUCAGUGGCAUUAUUAUCAUUAACUAUGCAGCUGGUUUGGGCACGUUUUGAAGGUCAUAUGCAUGUGUGAUACGCGGGUCACAGAGAGUCAUGAAGCUGGAGUGAUUAGAACUUAUCAACUUAAGUCGAGCGAUUUCAUUCACCUUUUUUUUAAAAUGCGGCCUCCCUUUACGGUGGAUCUUCAGCGAACGGUGUGUAGGCUUCCCUGUCCCUAAUGACUGGGCUUGCUUUUUGCACGUAGUCAGUUUUGUUCGUAAUUGUGGUUGCGCCCUACUUGUCAGCAGGUAUAAUCAAAAUACUGUCAUGAGUCUUCAGAGUUAACAACAACUUUUCUUCAUCAAUGUUUAAGUUCCAUUGUCGUUUCCUUUGUCAAAAGGACUACUGGCAAUUCAUCCAAAUGGAAAUCUGUUCUAUAACCUCAAUUUUUCCCAGCAAGCGGUUGUAAAUAUCUCUCUGUACAUUAUGCAUUUCGUCUGAGGACGGGUUGAUGUAACCGAUGAGGGCAUCUCCAUUUUCCGACCAGCCCUGUCUACUUAAUGUAUCCGCAUUCCGUAGGUGAGCGAACUCAUAGAAUGGCAACCGAAAUUUCGAAAUGCGUUUUCGUUUUGAAAGGAUUUAAUAGGUAGGGUUUAAAAUUUAAUACUUGUGCAACAUAAUGUUAUAAUAAUUCAGUUACCUUUGAAUGCCUGGCAAACAUGCAAGACAUAUUCAUUCUUUUGCCCAUUCGGUAGGAAAUGACGCCUUUUUCCAAUUCCGUACUGGAGGAAAGGGUAUAAUGCGGUUUUAAGUAGUUUCUAACUUUAAAAAUGUUUAAUACCAAACAUCAUGUCUCUGUAUUUAUUAAUGUGGCUUGUAAAGUUGCUAAUAUGGCUCAAAUCUACUGCAAAAUUUUAUGAACGCCUAUUGGUCUUCUCUUAAUACCAUCGAAAAAUGUACAAUUUUCCGUACUCCAAAAAUGUACAGCUCGAAGUUUGGAAAGCCAGAAUGUAACUGUGACGGUGGGUCACGUCCGAAAUUAUUGAGGUUUUAGAAAAGUUUUAGAAAAUCGAAUAAUACCCGUCUUUCGAGUGUGCAUUUGGGAGUAGACGUCAUCUUCUACCAACUGAGUAAAAAAUCAAUAUUUGUAUGCAUGUUUUCCAUGAAAUUAAAUCGAUCUUUUUAAGGCAUCGAAAAUCAAUGAAAAAGUGCAUGCUUUAUAAGUAGACAUUUCUGCAGAAUUGUUGUGGCAUGUAGACGUAAAGAAGUUUAUUCGAAAGCCGUAAUCCUGACGUAAUUGAUUUAUCACAUAAUUAUGCUGCAGGGUUAUUAGUCUUACAAUGCAAGUUAACUAUUUUUCGGGACGAAAAUACAUUCCGGAAAUUCGGUUGCGUUAUCUUUCUCAGAGGACUUAUUUAUUCCAAAAAUAUAUAAGCGUUCAUUUAUGUGUUUAAUUUGCCCCAAUUUAACUAAAUCAAGCUGCGUUAUUUCAAGCAUGGCAAUUCUGUGGAUGGUUGUGUAAGCGCAAGCGACAGUUGGAUGCCUACCUGUUGUAUAGUCGGCUGAAAUGUGCCUUUUUAAGAACAGGUUAAGCAUUGGUGCACUUGGGGACAGAAGAAAAUGCUGGUGAUUUGGAUACUACGUGAAGUUUCAUUGAUUAGGCAAAAACAAUCAAUUACGCAUUGCACAGUAAACUCAUGUGCAUUUUCGCAAAUAUUUAUUUACACAAAAACCUUACUAACAACACUACCAGAAACGUUAUCCCCAGCUUAUGAGAAACACACCAGAUUUAUCACAUCUUGUCAAUAUUGCAACAUGUUAAGGCUAAUGGAACGUUUCGUGAUUAUUAUGUCUGCCUCCUGACAUGUUAAUUAAUGGAUCAUGCUCAUUUCAAAGCACAUCCAAAAAAGCCACUUUCUGUAGCAUGCGCAUUAGGCGAGAAACCACAAGAAAAUAGCCAGAGAUCAUAUAUGGGCAUAAGGUAUUUGACAGAAACAUGUCGCCAAGAAAGAUGGCACGCUGUUAUAACAAAUGUCACUCCGUAAGACACUGACCUAUCUUACAAACAUGAAAGAAGUAAAUCCACUUUAACUGCGUACUUAGCCAUUUCUGUGCGAUUUGUUUAGAAGAGCUAAAUCCAAGGGAUCUUACUGCUGAAGUUUUGAGUCCCACAUCUGUGGAGCUCACGUGGAAACCACCCCAAGUCCAAAUAAAUGGCAGGGUGUUUUAUCUCGUGACAAAAAAUGACGUACGUUUACUCAAAACUCGGUACACAAAUGCCACAAUUCCUUCUCUACUUCCGUCAACCACAUACAAACUUGUCGUGUAUACAACAAUCAACAACACUCGCUGGAUAGUGCCCGGACUUUCGGUAAAUGUAACAACAUUUGACUCAAGUAAGUUAUGAAUCUUCCUUUGUUGAAACCUGCGUUGUCUACUUUAUUGAAGCUGCCAACUUAUUUCAACUCAGUUAUAGGAUGGUCAACCCUGGCUUACUUACUUCUACGUACCAUUUCACAUUGGCAGCAGGUUUCUGUCCAAUUUCCAAUUUUGAAUUGAUGUGCUAUUGGGCACUUCAUGCACUGCAGGUGACAGACGCAUGCUCUUCAUUGCUACUGUGUCAUGUCGCAUGUGAUCCGUCCUUGUCUGUCCGUGCACGUACAAGGAGACCAGCAAAACGAAUGGACGGCCGAAGGACAAAGAAUGUGCAUUAAUAGCCAUUCACAACUUACAGUUCAUAUAUUAUCUCAUGACUUACCAGUCAAAAAUCUAAAUUACUUUUCCAAAUCGAAAAGAUAACCUAUGUAAGACUGAUAAAGUGAUUGUCGUACAGCAUAAUCCUGGCAUAUUUGCGUUAUGCAGGAUACUCGCUCUUGAAUAUGAUUCUUUACGGCCAUCUGCAAGAAACGCAGUCUACAAAAAUGACUACAUAUAUAGUGUGACAGCUUCUCAUUUAUUUCAAAGGCUGUUAUAAACUCAAUUAUAUUUCUCAGAAAAGAUGCGCAAGAAUGAUCUCCCUUUUUGCACAUGAAAACAGAUUCCUGUUUCUUUAACUCUCUUCUUGGUGAGAUCGUAUAUGUUGGUCUUAAACAGUUUCUAAUUACGGGGUUUUGAGACCAUAAAAUGUUCAUUGCUACAGCAACCCAUCAGCUCGUUUAAAAAGGCUACUUAUAAGGUACACAUAUAUACCAGUUCAUGGGUACUAUUUCACCUCUUCCUAACACCAUAGAAAAGUGGGUGAUUUUCUUUUGACGGAAUACAUUAAGCAUGUGUUUAGGAAACCCUGAAUGCAAGUGUGAAGACAGAUUAGGCAAAAUAUAGUUCGGAAUCUAAAACGAUUAUUUAAACCCGAAAGACACACUAUUUUAAUUUGAAGAAAGAGCAAUCUUCUAUCAAACACAUACAGGGAAAAACUUUUGCACAUGAUUUCCUCAAAAUAUGAUUAAGUUUAUAAGUGCAUUUAAAAUCGAUGAGAAAAAAUGAGACUACAUAUGUAGAAAUUUUUGCUGUGUGUGAUCUUGCACGCAGCCAAAUGAGGCUCUUUCAAAAGCCGGCAUACUGGAAAGAGUGAAAUGCACUAGGAUUAUGCUGCAUGAUAAUUAUCAUUACAUCUUUGUGUAAGUCAUCACUUCGAGUCGAAAACAUACUUCAGACGUUCAGUUUACAUUCCCUCUAUUGCAUCGCAAACAACGAGAGCGAUAUUUUUUAAAACGAAAGGCGUAUUGCCAAGAAUAGGCGUUGGAAAUGUGAAUGAAUAGAUAGCCAGAUCGCUUGGAGCGGUGAAAUUUACCGGCCUUCCUUGAAGAAUGAAUACUAAGAUCAACAUGAAGGCAGUAAAAUGUAUGAUACUGGAUUCUAAGAUCUUGCCGUAUAAGGAUUACACAGACGAUGCUUGAUUAGCUGGCCAAGUUGAUGCUGUUGUUAGAUGAGAUUUCAUUAUUAUGAUUUAAGAUUAAAUUGUUGUUUACCCAGUCACCUCAUUCCUCAGUUGUGCGCUCAAGAUAUUUUUCUUCGCGAAGGCGUUUUGAACAAAACAACUCUUUUCAGACGAAGCGCACGAAGGUAAUGUGAAUAAGGAAAGGAAACCUUAAUGAUUAGGUGAUUUGCCCGUUUGGCGCGCACUGCAAUAAUUUUGACCUUGGUGAACUCGAAGGUGUGAUCGGACACGGAAGACAAAGUCAUCAUCGUAGACUCAAUGCCAAUUUACCACCGUGACAAUCCUUUUUACGCUGUGCAUUACAGGAUCGAAAUUUUCGUUCAUCCGUCUGCCAAGGAUUACUUCAAUUUAGCCAAUUUAGCCCUAGCAAUGCAUGCCGAUGGGCAGCCUCUGUCCUGUGCGCAAACUCUACCAUCUAGGGCAGUUUUUUGUCACGGAAAACUUGUUGACUAUUAAGGAGGUCUCGUUUUCGAAUGUUCACAUUGCUGGAGCUGCCCCAGUAGGACCUGUGAGCAGGGGUAGUAUUAUUUCGGAUCCCACCUUUCACAGGUGACAUUGAAAAUUGUUGAGUCUGAAGGUAUGCUUCCUCCAUCGUGAACCACUCUAAACUUCGAUUGUCAACGGGCACCCGCACGAUGUCAUUAUCGUCUAUUGACGUCCAUCGGCUAUUCAUUAUCCAGGGCUACUAUGUCGACGAAUUCGCCUUUUCGGGAAAAUUUCAUUCUCAAAUUUAACGAUUACGUUCUACUUACCUGGAACUUUCGAGGACAAGACAUCAAAUAAAUACCUUGUUAAGUGACAUAAUAUGUAGUAAGAAGACAGCCACACAGUUCUUCAUAUGACAACGCAUGUUUGCUGUUACCGCAUUAGGUGAUCGAUAAAGUCACCGAAAAUCACUUCCGAUCUCCUUCCUCAAUCGUAUAAGGACCUUUUUCCGCCCACACAAAGAGUAGGCAUUCAUAUAGGCGUUACACUUAGGUGGAAAACUGCAUGAUAGCAUAAAUAGGAGUUAGGCAUUUACAAAGGGAAUAGUUAAUCCUUCUGAUUCAAUUCGAAAUUCCUGACUCAUACCGUCCGACGAGCCCAGCGCCUCAAGACCGAAUAACGCAUUCCAGAACCUGCAGUUGUAGUACGACUAGCAUAAGUUAUUUUUCGUCAAAUUAUUUAAACGGGCUUUGACUUUACGGUAUAUACUAAACUUGCAUUCCUAUUUGCGAUACAAUCACUUUGUCUUUAUCCUCACAUCUAGGUCCGAACAAUGCCUUCCCUGUGUGCUAUCGGUUUUGGCUGUCCUUGUCUGCCAUUAUCCUCAGUCAUGUCAUGUUUGCUACUUGA